CUGUCAUUCAGUUGCCAUGGCAGAGCGGGUGCUAGUGAUUGGCAGUGGUGGGCGGGAACACACCCUGGCAUGGAAGCUGGCACAGUCACCACACAUCCAGGGGGUCCUGGUUGCACGGGGAAUGCUGCUGGCACCGCCAACUGUGGAAAGAUCUCCAACUCUGGCAUGGUAGAUGACCUGCAAGCGGCGGGGGUCCAGUGUUUCGGCCCUUCGUGGAAGGCUGCCCAGUAGGAGGCAAGUAAGAGUUUCUCCACGGCCUUUAUGGACCGCCACGGCCUCCCCACAGCCCACUGGUGCUCCUUCACUGACCCCCAGGAGGCCUGCAGCUACAUCCUCACGGCCAGUUUUCCUGCUCUGGUGGUGAAGGCCAGUGGCCUGGCUGCAGGGAAGGGUGUCAUUGUGGCCAAGGACCAGGAGGAGGCCUGCCAGGCUGUGCUGGACAUAAUGAAGGUGCUGAUGCCCUUGCUGAAGAGUGACCUGUACGAAGUGCUCCAGAGCACUCUGCAGGGGAAGUUGGCAUCCAGCGCCCCUGUGUGGCACCAGGACAGCUCUGCAGUUACUGUGGUCAUGGCCAGCCCUGGCUACCCUGGCUCCUAUAAGAAAGGUGUCGCAAUCACAGGCACCAACCUGCAGGCACUGAUGGAGCAGGCCAAGAGAACGUCCAGCUCAGCAGAAAUCGUGGUGGUAACCUCCAACCGGCCGGGGGUCUUGGGCCUCAAAAGAGCCUCUUUGGCCGUCAUUCAGACACGGGUGAUUGACCAUAAGCUGUACGGUAGCCGAGCAGAGUUUGACGGCACCAUUGACCGCAUGCUGGAGGAAUUUGACGUGGAGGUGGUGUGUCUCGCUGGCUUCAUGAGGAUCCUCACAGGGUCCUUCGUCAGAAAAUGGAACGGAAAACUGCUUAACAUCCAUCCAUCCCUGCUGCCCUCCUUCAAGGGGGUGAAUGCCCAGAAACAGGCUCUGCAGGCGGGGGCACGGGUCACUGGCUGCACCGUCCAUUUUGUGGCUGGAAGUACUGUACUCGGAACAGAUCCUGCCUCCGCUCACCAAUACUAACCAUAACCAGAUGUUAUAAAAAUUAGCUCGGAUCAGAUCUUAAAGCCAAACUUAUCCUGUGUUUCCUGGUCCACUGCAGAACAUGGUUGAAUUUUUUUUAUUUUUCGAAAAAUGGAUGCACAUUUAGUUUGUUAUCCAUAGCUUGAGAUCGAAAAGGCUUUAUUUAGAAACCCCUCACCCCUAGGGUUAAGCACAAGCUCAGAUUUCUCUGAUACAGGUUUACGUUAGGUGGAAUUCUAGCCAUAUCGCCUACACCUAUCCAGUCCUUUCAGAUACAG